AUGUUGACCACAUCGCCUGUCCUCGCCGGCUCGGCCAGUGCGUCGUCGCCUACCGCCUUCCGCCGUGGCCACGCACCGUCUUCGCCCAAGGCCCGUCGAGCGUCGCUGGUCGCGGCCUCGUCGUCUACCGCCCUGGGCAGGUCGCCGCUGCAUAAUCGCGCGGAUGGCUCAUAUGCCCCUGUCACAGACGGCACGUCGGCUCCCAAUGCAGGCGAACAGCAGCAAGGUGCUGCCGCGCCGCUCGGCCACCAGAACAGGCCGCCAGCGGCCCCUCGUUCUCAAUUCUUCGGGAAUGCCACGCACUCAGCCCCCUCUUCGGCUCAGGAUGCCCCUGCGGGCACCACGGUUGAUCUGGCGCAACAAGUGUUGUCCCCCAACAAGCGACGGGGCUCCCCCAGCCAUACCAUGCCCCAGGCUCUCACAGGGCCCUCUACACAGCCGAUCGGGCAGGAUCUGCCGGCAUCCAACACCUCGAAGCGGCCUCGGACCGACCAACAGCCGCCAAAGAUCCUGCCCACACGAUAUGAACUGUGCGCGGUGGAGGACAUGGUCGAGCUGAUUGCGCAUAUGCUGGCGGAGCUCAUCGCAACCAACGACGCAAUUCGCAUCUCCAGCGGCGGGCUGACGCGCUUCCACUCGAGGACUGCCCCCGGCAUUUCGGUCCGCGAUUACCUCCAUCGUUUGGCAAAGCAUGCCACGUUGACACCGCCGCUGCUGCUUGCCAUGGUCUACUACAUCGACCGCCUAUGUGCGCUAUACCAGGAAUUCACCAUCAACACGUUGACGGUCCAUCGUUUUCUCAUCACUGCGGCCACCGUCGCGGCCAAGGGCUUGUCAGAUUCAUUCUGGAACAACACGACGUACGCCAGGGUGGGCGGUGUGCGUGUGGCAGAGCUCAAGCUACUGGAGCUCGAGUUCCUCUACCGCGUGGACUGGAAGAUUGUUCCGAAUCCGGAGGUCCUCGUUGCGUAUUACCGCGGCCUUGUCGAACGGACGCCUGGCUACGAGCUCGAGACGGACGGAUCGUCAGACGGAGACCUGGACGACGACGACGUAGAUGGCGAGUAG